CAACCGCUUGAUCUCCCCACCAACUCCAUCAAAUUGACCAUCUCCCCCAACGUGUGCAAAAUCCUUCAUUUUGGCCUAUCCAACGAUCUCACUCAUCGAUGGGAUGAACACACCAGUCGGUUGGGUUCGGGCCUUUGGCACCCUUUCGGACUCGAACUCGGUUUCGAUGGAUAUCGGCACGUCGCAGGUUUGACGGGUGAUCGCUCUUUCCACCAAGAGAAAUGUGUUCCGGAUCAAAUGUCUACCGAUGAUAACGUUAACAUCAUCACGGAUCAAGUCCAAAUCUUCGACAGAGGAAAAAGGGGACAAGUGUUCCCAGAUGAUAUUCCCACCGAUAAUAGAGGAAGAACAUCUACGUAUGAUGUACAUCCCAAACAGCGGGAAAGAUCUUACGAUCAAAUCGUCACCCAUCAUCCCGCUUCCAAUCUUUCCCAUCCGACAAAUGAUGUAUGUCUCGAAACGUACGUCGAUUCGGGUAGGUUGUGCGAUACGUUCCGGGCUUCGUUCAGGGGUGACAAGGUCAUUGUCAAGUUGAUCGACUUGUCUUCUUAUCCCUCUAUCACGGCAGACGACUUGUCUCGUUCCUCUACCGAUUCGUCUCCGAGACGUUCCUCUAUGACCACCUCUGAUGUCGGUAAAACACCUCUGUCGAACCUUGACGUUGAAUCAUCAUCAUCGUCGAGAACGUACUCGAGACGAGAUGCCGAAGAAGCUAUACUCUCAACCAUAGCCUUAUACACCGGACCGUUACGUGAAUUACAAUCCCGACAGGUACCUUUGUUUCUGGGUGCUUGGAAGUUGAACGGAUGUCCGGAUGUUGUGUUGAUGAUGGAGAGUGAUGCGGGGGAGAAGAGGAGUGUUUCUUUAUCCACCGCUUUCAACCUCUACACAGCCCUCCAUUCCGUCGGUGUGAUACAUAACGACGUCGCCCGUCGCCAUGUCCUGAUCGAUUCAGAGGGUACGGCAAGAUUGAUCGAUUUCGACCUUUCGUUUGCGGAUGCGACGGAGAGGAAAAGGGGCGGGAGAUGA